AUGUGGGGGGUUCAGAGGCCCCCUCGGCGGGCUGCAGACCGUGCUUUCUGCCCUGCGCAGCCGCCCCCCUUUGAGCCCCGGGCGCUGCUACGGAUUAGGGGGAUCUGGCAACAGGCCGCCUUCCCAGCUUUCGGGCUCCGGGAGCAGACUGAAGUCCGCUGGCGGACGAGCGGACCGGAGGACGGGCGGACCGGAGGACGGGAGGACGGCCGGCCGGCCAAAGUGCGAGAGAGGACGGACGGAGCUAGGAUCGCGGGGCUCCGCGGAGCAGGGCCCGGGCGGCAUGCCGCUGCCGCUGCCUUCGCCGCCGCCGCCGGGGCUCCGGCAGCCCGAGCAGCGCUGAGCCCGCCCGGGCCCCGACGUCCUCGGCCGCGGCCGCCUUGCCCCGUCGAGCUCCCGGCCGGCUUCCCUGCCCUCCCCGCGCCUCCGGGCCUUCUGCCUCCGGGCGUCCUGCCGGCCCCGUACCUCCUGCCCCCCGCCCGACGGCCCCCGCGACCCCCGCGGCCGGGCAUGAUGUGCCUGGAGGGCGGCUCGGCGGCGGGCAGCGGCGGGGCGGCGGGCUGCGCGGAGGAGGAGGAGGAGGACGCGGCCGUAGCCGUGGCGACCGGGCCGGACCCGGAGCAGCAUCGCCGCGGCCGCGGCCGCGGCCGAGGCCGGGGCUGGGCCGGCGGGGGACCGGGCCGGGGCCGGCAUUGCGGCGGGGCCGGGACUGGGCCCAGGGUCGGGGGCGGCCGCUGGCCCCACGACGAGGUGCAGACGCUGUCAGGCAGCGUGCAGCGGGCGCCCCCCGGGCCGGGGCCCACCGCAGUCCCCGCCUGCCCCGAAGUCGGGGCCCCGACGUCCUCCAAGGGCCCGGCCCCGGGAGGCCCGCAGCCCAAGCCGGGGGCCCGCCUAGGCCGUGCGCGAGUGGCCGCCGCCGCCAUCCUCAGCGUGGGCAACGUCCUCAACUACCUGGACAGGUACACCGUGGCAGGCGUCCUCCUGGACAUCCAGCAGCACUUCGGGGUCAAGGACCGCGGGGCCGGCUUGCUGCAGUCAGUGUUCAUCUGCAGCUUCAUGGUGGCGGCCCCCAUCUUCGGCUACCUGGGGGACCGCUUCAACAGGAAGGUCAUCCUGAGCUGCGGCAUCUUCUUCUGGUCGGCCGUCACCUUCUCCAGCUCCUUCAUCACCCAGCAGUACUUCUGGCUCCUGGUGCUCUCGCGGGGCUUGGUCGGGAUAGGAGAAGCCAGCUACUCCACCAUCGCGCCCACCAUCAUCGGCGACCUCUUCAACAAGAACACCCGCACCCUCAUGCUCUCCAUCUUCUACUUUGCCAUCCCCCUGGGAAGUGGCCUGGGCUACAUCACUGGGUCCAGUGUGAAGCAGGUGGCCGGAGACUGGCAUUGGGCCCUGCGGGUGUCUCCAGUCAUGGGCAUGAUCACGGGCACGCUCAUCCUCCUCUUCGUGCCGGCCGCGAGGAGGGGGCACGCGGAGCAGCUCGGGGGGCAGCUGAAGGCCCGCACCUCCUGGCUCCGGGACAUGAGGGCGCUGAUCCGAAAUCGCAGCUACGUCUUCUCCUCGCUGGCCACUUCGGCCGUCUCCUUCGCCACGGGAGCCCUGGGCAUGUGGAUCCCCCUGUACUUACACCGGGCCCAGGUGGUGCAGAAGACCACCGAGACCUGCACCAACCAGCCCUGUGAGAGCCGGGACAGCCUCAUCUUCGGCGCCAUCACGUGCUUCACGGGCUUCCUGGGGGUGAUCACGGGGGCCGGAGCCACCAAGUGCUGCCGCCUGAGGACGCAGCGGGCCGACCCCUUGGUGUGCGCCGUGGGCAUGCUGGGCUCCGCCAUCUUCAUCUGCCUCAUCUUCGUGGCGGCCAAGACCAGCAUCCUGGGCGCCUACAUUUGCAUCUUCAUUGGCGAGACCCUGCUCUUCUCCAACUGGGCCAUCACGGCAGACAUCCUGAUGUACGUGGUCAUCCCCACUCGCCGAGCCACGGCCGUGGCUCUCCAGAGCUUCACCUCUCACCUCCUGGGAGACGCGGGCAGCCCCUAUCUCAUUGGCUUCAUCUCGGACCUGAUCCGCCAGAGCACGCGGGAAUCGGCCCUCUGGGAGUUCCUGAGCCUGGGCUACGCCCUCAUGCUCUGUCCCUUCGUGGUGGUCCUGGGCGGGAUGUUCUUCCUCGCCACGGCCCUCUUCUUCCUCAGCGACCGGGCCAAAGCCGAGCAACAGGUCAACCAGCUGAUGAUGCCCCCAGCUGCUGUGAAGGUCUGAAGGGGUGUCCUGGGAGCAAGAGUCUGAACCCCGGGCCGUGGAGGGCAGGGGCCAGGAUCUACCCCGCACAGCAGGGGGGCAGCCCGGAGGAGGAGCCGCGCGA